CAAAGUUAAAAACAGACUUUGUUUAUCUUGCAGGUUGUUAGCUGAAAUGCUCUGCGACUAGUUAACCUACUUCAAAGCCACAUUAUUCUACUCUUCCAAGCCUUAAACGCUGAGAAGAGCGCGAAAAGCUGUUUUAUUUUGCUGCCUUACUAUUUAAAAAUUCUGCUAUCAUUGUAAUUAAAUCUCAUUGCUUUUUUUUUUCCUGAUUUCUGCAGCUUACACCGUGCAACACGAUAAAAAAAGGUGUCAGGAUUGCAAUUUUUGUUCUACAGCAAUUGCCAUUUGUCGAAGACAGUUCUGCAUUAAAGAUCUUGUUCUGGCUUUUUGUUUUAGUGUUUUUUCGAGAAGCUCCCCGUGAGGUUUUUUAAUCGAGCAUUUGGAGAGCGCCAUGGCGACCGAAGUGGAUACGUGGUCCUCUGCUCCAAAAGCCGACGGGGUGUUCUCUUUCGAAGACAACCUGUCCCAGGAAAACUGUCCCUACACUGUUGAUGAUGAGUUGCUGAAUGAGGCGGAGGUGAAUGGAAACUGGACCCCUCAGGAGAAAGCGCUCCACGAGGCGCGACUUAAAGCCAAAGCCAAGCGCCGCCUGCGCAAGUCUUCAUCCCGCAACUCCACCAGCGAGUCCUUCUCCGAAUCAGGAGAAUUGUCUGGAGGUGACCCACACAGUCCGAAGGGCAAAAUCAACACCAGCGACCGCAAAUCCAGGGCCGGCAAAGGCAGAGGUCUGCCAAAAAAAGGUGGGGCAGGUGGAAAAGGAGUGUGGGGGGCUGCGGGGAUGGUUUAUGAAGAUGAGGAGCCCGAUAUGCGAGACCCAAACUACGAUGAAUCUUCUCAGGGGGACACAGUUUACGCAACAGUUGUGCCAGAAAUAGAUGAGAAGGAACUGGAAAAAAUUGUGAACCCGAUUGUACAGGAGUACUUUGAACACGGAGACACAAAAGAGGUCCAGAUGUUGCUGAAGGGGCUCAACCUGGGCACACAUAAGUAUGAGUUUUCCUCCCUGGCUGUGUCCCUGUCCCUGGAGGGCAAAGCCAGCCACAGAGAGCUGACCUCCCGCCUGCUGUCCGAUCUGUCGGGCAAGAUGCUGUCUCAAAGUGAAAUGGCCCGUGCCUUCGACAAGAUCCUCAAAGAGCUACCAGACCUCAUACUGGACACACCAGAGGCUCCACAGAUGUUAGGCCAAUUUGUAGCGAGAGCCAUAGCUGACCACGUCCUCCCCAUGUCUUUUCUGGACUUUUACAAGGGCAAAGUGGACUGCGAGUAUGCCAGAGUGGCUUUAGACCGUGCCGAAGUGCUGCUGAACAUGAAGAGGGCGAUGGUUCGUCUAGAUAAUGUGUGGGGCGUUGGUGGAGGCCUGAGACCUGUCAAACACCUCGUCAAAGAGAUGAACCUCCUUCUGAAGGAGUACCUGAUAUCAGGAGACGUGUCGGAGGCAGAGCACUGUCUGCGGGACCUGGAGGUCCCACACUUCCACCAUGAACUGGUCUAUGAGGUUGUGGUAAUGGUGCUGGAGUCGAAAGGAGACACUGCCAGUCACAUGAUGAUAAAGCUGCUGCAGUCCUUCUGGAAAACAGGCCUCAUCACUGUGGAUCAGAUGAACAGGGGUUUCCAGCGUGUCUAUGACGAGCUCCCAGAAAUCAACCUUGAUGUGCCGCAUGCUCACUCCAUCAUGGAGACCUUUGUGGACCUCUGCUUCCAGGAGAAUGUGAUCACCAAACAGCUGCGGGAUGCCUGCCCUGCCAGGGGUCGGAAGCGCUUUGUCAGUGAAGGAGAUGGGGGAGUGAUUAAGAGCUAAUUCACAGGAAGAAGAGCAGCAGCAGCAGCAGCAGCAGGAGGAGGAAGAGGAGGGAUGUCUAAAGGUCCUUACACCCAAUUUCCUCUCCAGCUUCAACAUGUUUUCCCCCUGAAAUCGGGGCAUGCUGGCAGUCUAAAGUUUCCUUAUUCCUCUCCUGAUAAUGUUGUCAUUACACAAACCAGCAUUGACCUUGGUGUAAGUAGACUGAAAAUGUGCGUAGGCGUUCAGUUCCAUUCAUCUUGUUGAUCACAGUUUGUGACAUUUUUUGUAAGAAAAUUCUUUAUUUUUGGGGUUGAUACGCCCCCCUUGCCUCAGUCUUUGUACGUGUUUAUCAAGAAUAACUAGAGUCAGAGCUGGAGAAAGACGAGUAGACAGGCUGGGGUGUGUGGGAGAUGAAUUGGGUGUUUUGUCUGUUGCUUCGCUUCACCUGUUGCCAGGCCUCUAUUUUUUUUUUUUCUUCAAUGUUGAGUGCUAUGGAUAAAAAAAGCACUUAAAAGACAGAGCAUACUCAACAUUCAGAGCGCUUAGUAAUUUGGCUCAACAACAGGAUCAAAACCGCUUCAUUUUCUCCUCAAAUUAUUAGAAAUUAUUUUAAGGACAACAUACUUGGUACCUUCUGGUACAAGUGCUUUCUAUUGAUCCUUUAUGAACAGUUUGUUUUGUUAAUUUUUCUUUUCAUUGCAUCUUGGUUCUUUGAGGCCAAAUAUGAACUUUAGCAAAGCAGGAAAAGCAAGUGUUUGGCACUCGUUGUUGGGUGGGUAUUUGAAAAUUGCUUUAUGGCAAAUAUACUUGAAAGCUCUUUUUUCUGAAAAAAAAAAAAAAUGGGGUUAAUGUGUGUAAAUAAAACAAAAUUAAGCAUGCAAUGUUUUGAGCACUCUGAAUUUGCAAUUUAAUAAAUCUACAGCUCAACAUGUAGAAAGCAGAAGUAAUCAGGAAGUUGACUUUGAACUGGUUUACCUGUCUACUUUGUCUGUAAAGUGGCCACCUCAACUUUGAUUGACAAGCAUAUUCAUAUAUAUGCAUAUUCUAUUCUGACACUGGUUGUAACAGUUUUUCAUGUUGACGAAAGUAAAAAAUGUGUCUAAGAAAUAUAUAUAUAUAAUCUAUUGAAAAGCAACAAAAAGAGUUUUCUGUAUUCUUUUUGGUUAUGCCCGCAGUAUUGAUUGAUUGAAAGUUAACUGGGGUAGGUUGUUGGGCAAGUGUCGUAGAGAUUUACAUCUAUCACAUUUGUUGAACAUUCAUCAGUUGUGAUCAUAAUUGUAUAUUUCCAGUUGUCUUUCACUUGCAGCUAUAUCUUCUCCGUGUCUCAUUUCCCAUCUUUCUGUAUGAACAAUGGUCGGAGCAGGUGUAGACAUUUUAAUUUAGAAGCAGUUUGAGGCCAAAGCUUGGAUUUUCUUUUUCUUUUGACCCCAUUCAUGGUACAUCUAAGAUACCUGGUACCAUGUUUCAUGGCAAAGCUUUAUAAUGCUUACAGUGUAAAUAAGUGGUUGAGGGAAAUCAUGUUAAAUGGUUCAUAUUUUGGAAACUGGUGUUAUUCGCAGGACAUUCAUGCAUGCAUGCAGCUGUCCACUGUCAAAUAGAGACUACAAUGUUUAUGUUUUGUAUUCCUACAAUCACAUUUGUACUCUCUACUUAUUUUGGAACGAUAACAUGUUUAAAAACACUCCCCUAAACAUUAACUUCAUUUUAUAUAUUUCAAUAAAACUACAUAUUUCCCUC